AUGACAGUGAACCCCCGCAAAUCCGUCCCCCGCCCCCCAACAGAGUUCCGUAUCCGCCCCUCCACUCCUCCUUCAUCCCCUCACAUCAAGAACUCUACAGCAACUUACAGCAAUAGCAGCAGCUUCAGUAACCUGGAGAAGGCCCUCCCUGCGCCACCAAAACGCGCCACCAAGACCAAGACAACAGCAGCCGCCCUCCUAAAGUUCAAAGACCUCAAGACCCGUCUCCGCACCCACUCCUUCUCAUCCUCGACAUUCUCCUUCCCCACCCCCUCGACUUCCCCCUCCUCCCCCCAACACUCCUCCGUCCUCCCCCUCGCCCCUUCCUCCUCAACAGUCUCGACAACCCCAGAAUCGAUCGCCCAAGAGUACGCACGAACAAUCAAAACCCUCUGGAAGAUGAUCGAAGAUGAAGAACAAGCCUACCGACUCGUCGAGGCCAGUCAUUCUCUCUCCGGUUCCAUCCCCACCAUUGCCGAUAUCUCGCUUGGUACAGGAAGAGUAGUGGUGAAUAGGCCGCCGUAUGUGGGAACGGCGUUGAGACGGCCCUCGUUGCCGUUGUUGAUGACCGUCCCGCCCAUCCAAGAGGAGGAAGAAACUUCUCCCUCGACAACAACAUCGCCAACAAGGUCACCGUUUAGUCCUCGCCCCUCUUCAGGCCCUAGACGUCGUAACCACGCCGUCGCUCUCGCAGCCCUCAACACAACCCCCCUCCUCCACACCAAGCCCACCACCUUGGUAUGCUCCUCAACGAACGAGAUGGACCAUACGGUCGCAGAUCUGGACCUCAGCCCUGUCGGCCUCAGCGAUGCCAGUGAAGAAGAAUACUCUAGCGAGAACGAUUCGGAGGCAGAGGAAGAACGUGUAGUUGUUCACAUCGCUCAAAAGGUUUCCAUGUACCGAGGUCGGUCCUUCUGCUGGAGCCAGCCCGCUUAA